UGUUUUAACCUCCAUUUUUAUACUCCUCUCAUUGGAUGACCUAGUCACUCUCUUCCCUUCUAUUUUUUCCAACUCUUUAACAAGUUUUUCGGUGUGUGGUUUUGGAUAUCGUUUUAAGAAGUUUAAUGGCGAAAACUUCGCAGAAGAACACUGCGAGUGGUAGCAGUAAUACUACUUCCAGUACUGCAGUUGCUAAGGUAAAGCGGACGCGUAAAAGCGUGCCACGAGACUCGCCGCCGCAACGUAGCUCCAUCUAUAGAGGCGUCACGAGGCAUCGAUGGACUGGACGAUAUGAAGCUCAUUUGUGGGAUAAGAACUGCUGGAAUGAAUCACAGAACAAAAAAGGAAGACAAGUAUACUUAGGUGAGUUUGAUGAUGAAGCAGCAGCAGCACGUGCGUAUGACUUGGCAGCAUUGAAGUACUGGGGACGAGAAACUAUCCUAAAUUUCCCAUUGUCGACCUAUGAAGAAGAGCUCAAAGAAAUGGAGAGUCAGUCAAAAGAAGAAUAUGGGUCUUUGAGGAGGAAAAGUAGUGGAUUUUCUCGUGGAGUCUCAAAAUAUAGAGGCGUAGCAAGACACCAUCAUAAUGGAAGAUGGGAAGCUAGAAUUGGGAGAGUAUUUGGCAAAUAUUUAUAUCUUGGAACCUACGCUACUCAAGAAGAAGCUGCCACAGCCUAUGACAUGGCAGCAAUUGAGUAUCGUGGCCUUAAUGCUGUGACAAAUUUUGAUCUUAGUCGAUACAUUAAGUGUCUUCGUCCUAACAAUCAAAAUAACUCUAACUCUAACCCUAAUCCUAGCUCUAGUUCUGGCAACCCUGAAGAAAGCCCUAGUGCUGAUACCAAUCAGAUUCCGAACCUAAAUCACAAGCUCGGAUUAGGGUUUACUGCAACCAAACCUCAGAAUUUGAGUGCUAGUGAGAUAUCAAUUGAUCCUCCACCGAAGUCAAGCAACAGUAGCGGAUCAGCCUCGUCGGCGCUAGGACUUUUACUACAAUCCUCAAAGUUUAAGGAAAUGUUGGAGAAGACUUCAGCUGUUGAUUGUUUAUCAACAUCGGAGGCAGGUCCAUCACGUCGGAGUUUCCCUGAUGACAUUCAGACCUAUUUUGACUCUGAUAGCUACACUGAUGGCGAUGACAUUAUUUUUGGGGACUUAAAUUCGUUCAUGGCACCGAUUUUCCAUUGCGAACUUGAUAAUUAGAGGAGUUAUACGUAGCAAGCUUGGCAAAUUACAAAUUUUUUUUUUUUUUUUUUUGCUGACAAUUUAAAAUAAGCCUAUCUUUACAGUUUACUCUAAAAGAUUAUUAGAAUUAUCUGUGAAUAUUUUGAAGAUAAAGGGCGGUGAAAGGAGAAGACAAAGGAUGAACAAGUAAGAAGGCAUUUACUUUUUCUUUUUCUUUUUUUUUUUUUUUCUGAAGAGAAAAUUUAUUUUCUUCUCUCUAUAAAAUUUGGGAAGAAGAAUUAAAGUCGGCAGAUUUUUAUUAUUUCAUUUUACAUGUAGAUACUGAUGAAUAUAAACAUUAUUUAUUUAUCGAUUAUCUCUUAAUAAU